AUGGCAAUUGCAAAUAAGAUGAGAAUCCAUGGCAACAAAAUGGUAGAUGUCACUAUCAUUGAGAAGAUUCUUCGUUCAAUGACAACAAAAUUCAACUAUGUUGUUUGUUCGAUUGAGGAAUCUAAAGACACUGACAGUAUGUCCAUUGAUGAAUUGCAGAGUUCUUUGUUAGUUCAUGAGCAGAAAAUGAAACGGCAAGACAAGGAGGAGCAAGCGUUACAAGCCUCGACAUCAAAAGGAGGAGAUCAAGGACGAGGAAGAGGCAGAGGCGGCAAUGAUGGCAGACACUCAAAUCAGAAAUCUGAAGAUUUUGAUUCUCAAGGGAGAGGAAAAUGCCAUGACAACAACAACAAUCAUUCAUCGCCUUUCAAGUCAAAGUCAGCAGACAAAUCAAGAGUUAAAUGCUACAGGUGUCACAAGUUUGACCACUACAAGUCAAAGUGUCGUACUAAUCUAAGGAGAGAUGGUGGAAAGCAGUCCAAUUUUGCUGAGAAGGAAGAAGUGUCUUUGUUGAUGGCUUGUCACGUGAAGGAGGAAACCCACAAGAAAUUCUUGUGGUACUUAUACACUGGCUGCAACAACCAUAUGAGUGGAGAGAAGUUUGUAUUCUCUGAAUUGGAUGAAGCUUUUCAUGAUGUUGUGAAGUUCGCUAAUGGCUCUACAGUCUCUAUUAUGGGAAAGGGAAAGGUAGCAAUUCAAACCAACAGAAAUUCUAUUCAAACUAUUUCUAACGUUCUCUUUGUUCUAGAUUUGAGAACAAAUGUACUCAGUGUUGGUGAGCUACAAGAAAAGGGAUAUGGAAUCUCUAUCAAAAAUGGAGUCUGCGGAAUUGAAGAUGAGAAGUUGGGCUUGAUAGCUCAAGUCAACAUGACAACCAAAAGAUGA